AACGACUGGAAGCUAAAGAAUGCUAAAAAAAACAAGCCGGAACUGCGCCCCCUGAUUACGUCACAGGACUUCCGCUCCAGCGUGUAGCUGCUUCCGUGUUGACCCACGUUCCACGCUGCCUGCAGGAGAUCCAGAAAUCCAGCGAAAGAAGUGGGUUUAAAACAGUCAAGAUGAGGCCGUUAACAGAAGAAGAGACGAAAACCAUGUUUGAGAAGCUGUCGAAAUACAUCGGUGAAAACAUCAAACUGCUCGUGGACAGACCGGACGGCUCCUACUGUUUCAGACUGCACAACGACCGAGUCUACUACAUGAGUGAGAAGAUUCUGAAGUUGGCCACAAACAUCUCCCGGGACAAGCUCGUGUCAGUGGGAACUUGUUUUGGAAAGUUCACAAAGACCGGCAAGUUCCGGCUGCACAUCACUGCUCUGGACUACCUGGCACCCUAUGCAAAGUUCAAGGUGUGGGUGAAGCCUGGAGCUGAGCAGUCUUUCCUCUAUGGGAACCAUGUGCUAAAAUCUGGACUUGGGAGAAUCACUGAGAACACUGCGCAGUAUCAGGGAGUUGUCGUCUACUCCAUGGCAGACGUGCCCCUGGGUUUCGGCGUCGCAGCCAAGACGACACAAGAGUGCCGGCGGGUGGACCCCAUGUCCAUUGUCCUGUUCCACCAGGCUGAUGUGGGAGAGUUUAUCAGGAAUGAAGAUACAUUAACAUAAACAUGCACAGAAACACAGGACUGUCAAACUUUCCUUUUCCAGUAACACAUAGAAACAAACACCUGUAUGGACUGACCUUGUGAUACCAGCUAAUCUGCAAUCAACAUGAUCCCUUGGAGAGCCCGUCUUUUCUAAAUUUGUGAAAAUGAAGCAGAAGGCUUUUUUUCUUUUGUAAAUGUCAUCUUUCCAAUAAAUCCACUGUCUUUGUA